GGUUUCCUGGUAGAAGCAUGUGAGUGUGCGCUGGGGAUGGAUCAUAGAGCAGAUACAGGUUCCAGAAUGAAGCCAUUCACAGCACAAGAGGCCAGAGAGAUUGUCCUUGGCCUGGACCGGCCCGCAGUUUUCCUCGCUAUGGCCCAGGACUGGCCGGCUUCUCGCUGGGACGCGGCUCGUCUGUCGGACCUCUUACAGGACAAGAGCCUGUGCUUCCGAAUUGGAAGGAGGAGAAUGGAUACAGAGCCGCAGUUUGAAACUCAGUGCGAUUACAUCGAGGGGACGGUCAAGCAGUUCCGGUCUUGGGUCAGCGGGGAUUCUCCGGAGCUGUGUGGAGCUUUCAGACGGUUCGACAGAGCCGAGUUCUGGGCGUAUGCCGACUACAAGUACUUGGCUGUCCUGUUUGAAGACCGAGCAGACAUCCUGCAGGACGUCCUGUGGGAAGAUUUUGGAUUCCCCGGAAGAGGAGGUCGGGAGAGCACGCUGUGGGUGGGGAGCCGCGGAGCCAAUACUCCAUGCCACGUCGACUCUUAUGGCUGCAAUCUGGUGCUGCAGGUGGAAGGAAGGAAAAGGUGGCACCUCUUCCCCCCCGAGGACACGGAUCACCUGUACCCCACCCGCAUCCCCUAUGAGGAGUCCAGCAUUUUCAGCAGAGUUAAUGUGGUGAACCCCGACUGGAGCCGCUGCCCAUCAUUCUCUAAUGCCCACCCGCAUGUGGUCACCCUACACCCAGGCCAGGUGUUAUUUGUCCCUCGCCACUGGUGGCAUUACGUGGAAUCGGUUGAUGAUGUCACUGUUAGCGUCAACUCCUGGAUUGAGCUGGAUUCCGAUCAUGAGUCUCGUGUGGAAGAAGCCAUAACCCGGAUGGUGGUGUGCGUCUUUAAAUCUGCUGACACCUCUGACCUCCCCGAUGAUUGGCUCAACCCCACUGAGGGAGCGGCCACCUCUCACGCAACCAACCUGGAGUACCUGAACCAGGCGAGGACCGCCUACCUGCAGCACGAGAGAGCGGCGACGGCGGGCGAGUCGGGUGGCGCGGCCGAUGACGGGGACGCUCCGCCGCUGAAAAAGAGACGGCUGGACAGGUCUUCGGAGGUGAUCGGUGGCCACUUCGGCCAGUAUCUCCUCCCCGUGUUUCCUGCGUCAGGCGAUCGGAAUGCAGGAGGUGAAGAGGACGCUGCGCUAAGGGCGGAGACUCAGGAUGAAGGAGGUGCCAGUCCCGGAGCGGACACAAUCAUCACCAGCGACGCGGUGCUGGACUGUCUGGUGAACCCGCGGGUUGUCCGCUUAGUGGCUCAGCUCCUAUUGAAGGGGCCCUGUAGGUAGUCAUGUGACCAACACGCUAAA